AUGUCUUCUAGCCAGAACACUGUGGUUGUUUUGAUAGGGGGAGGUCACAAAUCCGGAAAGUCAACUGCUUCAAAACGUUUAGAGGAAGAGCUGAAGCUUCGAACUACAAAAUCUUUUGAAAUUAAUAUAAAGAUUAUUGACUUUGACAGCUACUUAGUUGAUCCUGAAGCUAAGUUUUUGGUCACUAAAGAGAUUGGACAUUGGGACAAAGAUCAAUCUUUACCAUCAAGAUUUGAUUUCGAAAGAUUGUUAGAGGAAGUCACAGAGAUCAAGCAGAAACAAGGAAGAGAAGCUGUUCACGUUCUGCUUAUUCAUGGAAUUUAUGCACUGUAUGACUCAAGGUUAACGAAUCUUGCAGACGUAAAAGUCUUUAUUGACUUGGAUUCUGAUACAAGACUUCAGAGAUGGAUCCAGGAUGUAAUUCUUUCUUCAGAUUACGACCGAGAAUUGCAAGGUAUCUAUUUGGAUAACCUGUUGAAUUAUUAUUUGAAAUAUGCAAGGGUUGAAAUGUCAGAGUUUGUAUCUCCUACAAAGGCAAGUGCAGAUAUUAUAUUACCCAACGGUGCUACUACUUACGGUAACAGUUUGAUCACAGAUGGUAUCAUUCCGCUGCUUAGAAGUUCCCAAGACCCACUAGCUACCUCAAGUUACUACAGAGAUAGUAUCAGUCUCAGAACUCAACAGAAAGAUAGCUUUGGCAUACCCUUGGUUAGCCUCGACACUGAUAAUGCUGAUCCACAAUAUGGAAACAUGAGUUGA